AGUACGAAAAUAAAUAUUGUACCGUAAAUGUACGCAAGAAAUAUAAAUACACAAAUUAUUCCUUCUUUUGAGGCCUGUCGUUAAAGAUUCAACGAUGGGACGUGUCAUAAGAAGUCAGAGAAAGGGUGCUGGAAGUGUGUUCCGCAGUCACAACAAACAUCGUAAAGGAGCUCCAAAACUUCGUGCUGUUGAUUUUGCAGAAAGACAUGGCUACAUCAAGGGAAUUAUUAAGGAAAUCAUUCAUGACCCCGGUCGUGGGGCUCCUCUUGCCAGGGUUAUUUUUCGUGAUCCCUACCGCUAUAAGCAAAGGAAGGAACUGUUCCUUGCAGCUGAAGGAAUGUAUACAGGCCAGUUUGUUUACUGUGGAAAAAAAGCCACACUCCAGGUUGGGAAUGUUCUUCCAGUUGGAACAAUGCCAGAAGGCACAAUUGUGUGUAACUUAGAAGAAAAAACUGGAGAUCGUGGUCGACUAGCACGUUGUUCUGGAAACUACGCAACUGUCAUAUCCCACAACCCUGACACCAAGAAAACAAGAGUGAAACUUCCCUCUGGAUCUAAGAAGGUGUUACCAUCAGCCAACAGGGCCAUGGUUGGAAUUAUCUCAGGGGGAGGAAGAAUUGACAAACCUAUUCUAAAAGCAGGCCGUGCUUAUCACAAGUAUAAAGCCAAGAGGAACUCCUGGCCUAAAGUUCGUGGUGUUGCAAUGAAUCCUGUAGAACAUCCUCAUGGAGGUGGUAAUCAUCAGCAUAUUGGUAAAGCAUCAACAGUCAGGAGAGACACUUCUGCAGGUCGUAAAGUUGGUUUGAUUGCUGCUAGACGUACUGGUCGUAUUCGUGGUACAAAGAAGGAUACAGCCAAGGAAGACUAGACUUGCAUCAGAUAUUGUAUAUGGUGCAAGUAAAUAAAGUACAUGAGAAGCUAA